CGGCGCCGAGGGCGGAAGUGCUUGCGGCGGAAGUGAGAGCUCGCUGCGCGUGGGUGGGAUGGCGACUGUGCGGCUCUUUCUAGGCCGGCUUGGAACGCCCUUCUGCGCAAUGGCUCCGAAGUCGCUCGGGGGCGCGCCCUCCUUCCGGGCUCUGCACGCGGGGCGCGAGCCCCGAAGGCUCUCCAUCGAAGGCAACAUUGCUGUGGGAAAGUCUACCUUUGUGAAGUUACUCAUGAAAACUUACCCAGAGUGGCACGUAGCUACAGAACCUAUAGCAACAUGGCAGAAUAUCCAGGCUGCUGGCACCCAAAAAGGCCAAACUACCCGAAGCCUGGGAAACUUGCUGGACAUGAUGUACCAGCAGCCAGCACGAUGGUCCUACACAUUCCAGACAUGUUCCUUUAUGAGCCGCCUGAAGGUACAGCUGGAGCUCUUCCCUGAGAAGCUUUUACAGGCCAAGCAGCCCGUACAGAUCUUUGAGAGGUCUGUGUACAGUGACAGGUACAUCUUUGCAAAGAACCUUUUUGAAAAUGGUUCCCUCAGUGAUGUUGAAUGGCAUAUCUAUCAGGACUGGCAUUCUUUUCUCCUGUGGGAGUUUGCCAGCCGGCUCUCCUUACAUGGCUUCAUCUAUCUACAGGCUGCUCCCCAGGUUUGUUUGAAGAGAUUGUACCAGAGAGCCAGGAAGGAAGAGGAAAGAAUUGAGCUGGCCUAUCUGGAGCAACUUCAUAAUCAGCACGAAGCCUGGCUUAUUCACAAGACAACCAAGCUCCACUUUGAGGCUCUACGGAACAUCCCAGUGCUGGUAUUGGAUGUCAACGAAGACUUCUCUAAAGAAGUAACCAAACAAGAAGAACUCGUCAGAAAGGUGAACACCUUUGUAAAGAAUCUGUAACCAGUACUACAUGUUUUAGCGGUGAUCCAGGCUCUCUGCUUUCUGAAGCUAGAAAACGUUGACUAUUCCACCCACCUUUCCGUCCCCUUCCUUUUACCCUGAAAGUACCCUGAAAGGCACUCAGGGGUAUAGUUCCUGCUAUCUUUAGACUUUGCAGUUGUCUUUUUUAUAUUAUAUAUGUCAAGGACUUUGAAAAUAAAGCUGUCUUAAAUUUUCCUUA